UGUGAAAUGGAUCUUGUUCUUGUCCUUGACUUCUCAACUACAACGGACCCGCUAGUGCGAUACUACAAGGAAUUAUGUCAGCGAUUAAUCAAUGCUCUCAAAAUUGGUCCCCAUUACACUCAGGUUGCAGUGGUGACGUUUGCCACGGUCGGUAGAACUCGAACGAGAUUUAAUUUAAAGAAGUACAAGACGCAAGCCGACGUGUUACGUGCAGUUGCAGACUUAGAGAGUACCGGAGGCACAACUGCUAUAGUAAAAGAGUUACCUAUAGUCAUGCAGUGGCAGGAGUUCGUGAGCAUCGUAUAUCCUGUGAUCAUAGAAAUUGCCUAUAUCUCAUGUGAUCCUACUAUGCUAACAACCCCAGCAAAAGUUGAAAAACCAUUCGGUGAAAAUUUUAGCUCAGAUAUGUAG